AUAUUGUGUAUUGAAUCAAAAAAAGGAAAACCCAUUUUCUCAAGCAACAUAUAAAAAAAUUGCAUCAUUUUCUUGCCUAACUUUUUUUUUUAAUCCCAUCCUAAUCACCCCUUUUGGAAUCUUGUUUACUCAAUCAUAUUCUUUGCUUCAAAAUUAUUGUUUUUUCAUUGAUUGAUUCAAAACAUAUCUUAAUUCUUAAACCCUAUUUGAUAAAUCACAUACAAUUAUCAAUUGUUUGAUAGUGUUUUGUCAUUACUGUGUGUGUAAUAGAGACUUUUGACCUUUUUUUUAUAUUUUAAAUUAUUGAUUUUUAUGUGAUAUAAUUAAUGAGUAGGAGGUAAGGUGGAAGAGUUUGGAGGAUUCAUUGAUGGCGGAUUUGAUGGGAUCACGGGCUUACUGCUGCUUCAAGUGCCAGAACCUUGUUGCUUUUCAUGAUGAUAUUGUUUCUAAAGAUUUUCAGGCAAGCAAUGGAAGAGCAUUUCUGUUUUCUCACGCGAUGAACAUAUUUUUGGGAGCGAAAGAAGAUAGAAACCUUAUGACUGGUCUUCACACAGUUGCUGAUGUUUAUUGUUCUGAUUGUGGAGAAGAGCUUGGAUGGAAAUACAUUAAAGCUUUUGAAGAAACACAGAAAUAUAAAGAAGGAAAGUGUGUGCUUGAGAAGUUCAAGAUUGUUUUGGGAAAUGGGUAGUAAACAAAAUUGAUUUUAACAAUUGUUUAUGGGGGAAUUCCACAAGUGCAAUAGUUGUCUUAAUUGUGAAUGUUUUUAGUGUGUAAAUGUUGCUUGUUCGGAAAGAAAGAAAAAAAGUUAAUUCGUCGAAUACCGGCCGAAAUCGGUAUUAACGAGAUUUUACUUAUCUUUCGGCCGAACUCUGAAUUAUUAGGGCUUCUUUAAAAUAAAGUUGUUAAAUGAUUUCUCCCCUAAUGUGAACAGUUGAAUGGUCCUUGUCGUAUUGUACAAAAGAUUCUUUUCAAGAAAAUUACAAGUAUCAUUUAUUAGUCUCGUGCAGAAGGUUUGGCAAAUA